AUGGGAAAAUCAAGGAGAUCUAGAAGUGAUUCUUCCAGUUCUGGUACUGAAAGUGAAACUGGUAGCUUAAGUGAUUCUGAUUCAAAUAAUGAAGGAGAAAUUACUGCUAGAAGUAUAUCUAAAAGUCCACGUCCUCAACCAACUGUUAUAAAAAGAGAUGUAAACAAUAGAAGUCGAAAGGACUCCAGGCAAUAUUUAUCCAAAUUUUAUAAAGAACGUUUUGGAUCACAUUCACCUGAUGAAUAUGUCAAUCUUCGCCUUUCAAAUUUUGAUAUGAAAUUAUCUAAAGAUGAAAUUAGAAGGCACCUUGAGGAGGAAUUUAAAGACUUAGCUCCAUUUGAAAUUAAAGUAGUUCGUAACCCUGAUGAUGAUCGUCGCCUUGCUUAUGUUAACUUUACAAAACGAGAUUCAGCUAAAUAUGUAAGACAAAAUAUGAUAUCAAGUUUACAGCAUUACCUUGGAAAAAAUCUUUUUGUUGAUCCUGCUGGAGUUCUUCGUGAUCAAGAAGGUAAAUAUAUUCCAGAUCGUUAUAAUAGAGCACUCCAAGCUCAACAUGAAAAUAGAUCACCAACUAGAAAUGGAAGAAAAGAUAAUAGAAAUGGAAUGAAUAGACGUGUUGUAGGAAGUAUGCCUACUUUUAAUUUAAAACAAGGUGAUAGUGAUGCAACUAGGACAUUAUUUGUUGGAAAUAUGCCAGCUGAUAUAUCUGAAAGUGAAAUAAGGAAAACUUUUGAGGUAUAUGGCGUUAUUGAGGAUAUUGAUAUUAAAAAUCCUGCUGAUACUAAUGCCGCUUAUGCAUUUGUUCUAUUUCAAAAACUUCAAUCAGCAAUUGAUGCUUUAAAAAAUGAACACGACAAAAGUAUUAGACCAAAUUCAAAUAAAGUUAAAAUUGGUUAUGGUAAAAGUCAACCAAGUUCACGUUUGUGGGUUGGUGGUCUAGGAUCAUGGGCAUCAAUUGACUUAUUAUUAAAAGCAUUUGAAAAAUUUGGUAUUGUAGAAGUUAUUGAUUAUAAAGAAGGAGAUGAUAUUGCUUAUAUUAAAUUUGACUCACAAAGUGCAGCAUUUGAAGCAUUUAGUAAGAUGAAGGGAUACACUUUUGAUAGACCUGAUACACACAUCCUUGUUGAUUAUGCUAAAGAAGAUACUAAUCGCGUUAAAAUUCACUCUCUUAAGAAAGAAAAAGAUUCAUCACGUCAUGAUCGUCACCGUCGUAGUAGAGAUCAUUCACGUUCACGUAGUUCAUCCAGAUCAUCUCAUAGAACUCAUGCUAGCACUGUAAAGAAAGAACCUAGGAAACGUGGUCAUUCAAUUUCCUCAGAUAGUAGUUCAGAAAUUCCUGUACGAAAGAAGCAUCAUACAAAAAGUCCUACAGAUAAGAUUUCUGACUUACGUUUAAUGUCGUUAGAAGAAUUGCAGAAAAAGUUGGCGGCAACGUGGAUUGGUAAAGUUACAAUUAAAAAACAGGAAUAUAUGAUAAAAGGUUAUCGUAUUGCGGGAGAGGAGAAAUUAGUUCAAAAUGUACUCCGAGACGAAAUGGGAAUACCCCAUUUACUUAAAGUAACACAAAGAUUACCAUUGAAAAAUAGAGAAAAUUUAACUGAUAGAUUUUUAAACCAACCAUAUAAUAGAAUAGCUGUUAUGAUUGCUACAGAACAUCGUAAUACAGAUAAUCCAUUGUACAAAUUACGUGAGUAUUUCCAUGAAAAAGAUGCCGCUGGUUUAGUAACUGUUGAAGAAACAGGUGGUAUGGUGUACGUUGUACCACCAUCAGAAGUCUCCGAUGAGACAUUACGCCAUUUUGCUCCUGGAGUGAACUUUGUUCGUCCAGGAGUUAAUUGUUUAAUGAUAGUAAUUGGGCAGCAAGAAACAUUUACUGAUGGUUUGAGAGAAGAGUAA